AUGGUGGCGGUCGCGCACCGGCGGCGUGAGGGGCUGUUCCUCGUGUUCGCGGGUCUGUUCCUCGGGUCGCUCACGAUGCUGAAUAUUCUCGGCGUGACGCGGUUCAUCCGUCUCGGGGAGGCGGAGCUGUUCGGGCGUGAGCUGGUGUUCGCGAUCGCGGUGGGCGUGCUGCCGUACCCGAUCACGUUCCUGUGCACGGAUUUCAUCUCGGAGCUGUACGGGCGGGGGCGGGCGAACCUGGUGGUGGUCGUCGGGUUCGGGCUCAACCUGUGGGUGAUGCUGAUCCUGUGGCUCGGGGGGGCGCUCCCCGGGUUCGAGGCGCGGGACGACGCCGGGGCGCUGGUGCUCGACGCGGCGGGGCGCGCGCCGAUUUUCUUCGAGGUCCGGACGUUCGCGUUCGCGGCGGUGGGCGCGUCGAUGGUGGCGUACCUGGUGGCGCAGCUCGUGGACGUGCAGAUGUUUCACUUGUGGAAGCGCGUGACGAAGGGCAAGCACCUGUGGCUGCGGAACAACGGCUCGACCGUGGUGAGCCAGCUGGUGGACACGGUGCUGGUGAUCUUCAUCACGUACCGGGUCGGCGGGCUGACGGGCGUGAUCGACGAGGACGCGGCGCUCGCGGGGCAGCUUUUCGUGCUCAUCCUGACGGGGUACGCGUUCAAGCUUCUGUGCGCGCUGCUCGACACGGGGCCGUUCUAUGUCGGGGCGCACUACCUCACGCGGUAUUUGCGUCUGCCGCCGCCGACGCACGACCCGCACCCGCCCGCGGCGGCGGCGGUCGAGGCGGGUGUGGGGUGA